CCAUCUAUUAAUCCCAUCCAUAUCGACAAAAUCUUACACACCAACUUGGACAAAAUGACAAAGUUCAAGGUCACCGUUACUUCAGACACGGUCUGCCCGUGGUGCUACGUCGGCCGCAAGCAGCUUCAAGCUGCCCAACGACUCUGGCAGCAAAAGCACCCAGACUCCAACGACACCUUCUCCGUUAGCUACCAGCCCUUCCAGCUUCAACCAGAUUGGCCCAAGGGUCCCGCUUCAAGCCGAUCCAAGCAGCAAUUCUACGAGGAAAGAUUCGGCAAGGAACGCGUCAUCCAGAUGCACAAGCACAUGAAGGGCGUGGGCGAAGCGACUGGUAUCGACUUCAAGUUUGGCGGACAGACUGGAAACUCGAGGGACUCGCACCGCGUGGUCCAGCUGGCCAAGAAGUACGGCGAAGAGGUGGAGGGCAAGGCCCUCGACGGGCUGUUCGCUGCAUACUUUGAGCAGGAGCGCGAUAUCACCGACUACGACACCCUCAGGAGCGUCGCCGUCGAGGCGGGCAUCCCAGCAGACGACUUCCAAAAGGCCAUCAUCGACAGCGACCAGGGAGGCAAGGAGGUUGACCAGGCGGCGAGCGAGGCGCGAUUCAGUGGUGUUUCCGGUGUUCCCGACUAUGUCCUCCAGGAUCGGUUCCGGCUGCAGGGCGCAAACAGCCCCGAGAGCUUCGUCAGCGUGUGGGAGAGGAUCAAGGCGUCCGAGGGCUCAUAG